GAGCACAGAAUUGUCAUUAAUGAUUCUACAAAAUUUGUUACUGUUGUAAUUUUCUCAUCUUUAGCCUAUGGUUGACUCUAGGAAGGCAGCUUACUACAGUGGCUAUUGGUGGUCAAUGGAUUGAUUCCGUUUUUAAUUUUUUAUAUCGUAACAAAUAAGAAUACACGUGAUGCUAUAGUAGUAGGUUCCCCCUUCUCCAUAAUUUAGAAGCCGGCAACACUGAUUACACUGUUUUUUAGGUUACUGACGUUACUGUGUUAAUUCAAAGAUCAUAAUUCAUAAUAUUAUUUAAUUUUAUUUAAUUUUUAUUACAGUACAUUAAACUUGUGUGACACUACAAUAUAUAGUAUUGCGCUUAUGCCCUAAGCCCUAUGCUCCUCAGAACCUUAACUCAUCAAUCUUCAUUAAUCAUUAGCCGACAAAAAUUUAAAACUUUUAAGUGAUAAUUAAUCACAGCAUAAUACAUUUUUUCAAUUUUUUUUUUAACAUUUUCAUCUUACACUGAAAAAAAAAUGUAUUGUUUACCUAUUUUAGAAUUUUAAUCUAAUCCACUGACGAAUAACACAUAUUUAUUAAGUAUUGUGAUAAUUAUUGGUGUGUAAUUCAAUUAAUUACAUUUUUGUAAAAUGUUGCGCUGCAUUUGUCAAACUGGUUUGAAAAGGUAUCCUGUAGUUGAUCGUCGAUUUGUCCGAUAUGCUAGUGCGAUAAUUUCGAACAAUGAUAGAUCAGCUUUAGUUCAGAAAAACCAUUCGUCUAAUCGUCUAUGUGUUGUUUCUACUAUUAACAUUCCGGUACGUUAUAGAAGAUUUGACAAUAAAAAAGAUGAUGAUAAUCCAGAAGAAGUAGAAGAAUCUCAAACUGUAAGAGCUGUUUAUGACGUCAAAUCUAAUACAGAUACUUCAAUUGCAACUAUUCAAGUGCCAGAGGAAUUGCCUUUUCUACCGUUAGUCACUAUAACAAAACCUCCCUUAUAUCCUAGAUUGUUUAGAAUUGUUGAGAUAAGUGAUCCUAAAUUGAUUGCAUUGAUCAAGAGAAAAAAAGCAUUAAAUCAACCUUUUAUUGGUCUUUUCAUGAGAAAAAAUAUUGAUACAGUUUCCGAUAAUAUUGUUACAAAUAUUGAUGAAGUGUAUAGUGUGGGAUCACUUGGUCGAAUAAAUGAAAUGCGAGACUUUGGAAAUAAAUUACAUAUGCUCAUACAAUGUUUUAGACGUAUUAAGUUAACCAAACCACUUUUUGAAGACCAAGAUAUUGAUAAAAUCACAAACGAUUUGACUAAACGUAAUAAAAAACAACUUCGUAAUAAGAGUUCUUCAAGUACAACUGAAAUAGAGCCAAUUCCUGAAACAGAAAAAACUCAAGAUCAAGUGCUUAUGAUUGAAGUAGAAAAUCUAAAAGAUGAACCUUAUGAUAAAACAAUGGAAAUCAAAGCAUUAUCUCAAGAAAUAAUCAAAACUAUUCAAUCAGUUAUUAGCAUAAAUCCUAUUUAUAAAGAAAUAUUACAUCCAAUGUUGCAACAUGGCAAUGUAUCAGAUGAUCCUUCAUAUUUAUCUGACAUUGCAGCUGCAAUAGCUGAUUGUGAGACUCACGAAUAUCAAGAAAUUUUAGAAGAAACUAAUGUUCCCAAACGUCUUUUACUUGCACUUAGUUGUGUGAAAAAACUUUUAGAACUUAGUGAAAUUCAAAUAAAAAUUAGUAAAGAAGUCGACGAAAAAGUUAAACAACAGCAUCGUAAAUUCAUUCUUCAAGAGCAACUAAAAGUAAUAAAAAAAGAGCUUGGUCUUGAAAAAGAUGAUAAAGAUUCAAUUGUGGAAAAGUUCAGAGACAGAAUAAAAGACAAACAAGUACCACUUAAAGUUAUGGAAGUUAUUGAAGAAGAAUUGACUAAACUAUCAUUUUUGGAACAGCAUUCGUCAGAAUUUAAUGUUACAAGAAAUUAUCUUGAUUGGUUAACACAAUUACCAUGGGGCACAACAAGUGAUGAAAAUUUCGAUUUAAAAAGAGCUUCAACCAUUUUAGAUGAAGAUCAUUAUGGAAUGGAAGAAGUAAAAAAACGAAUUCUAGAAUUCAUUGCAGUAAGCAAAUUAAAAGGUUCAACUCAUGGUAAAAUUCUUUGUUUCCAUGGACCACCCGGUGUUGGAAAAACAAGUAUAGCAAAAUCUAUUGCAAGAGCAUUAAAUCGAGAAUACUUUAGAUUUAGUGUUGGUGGCAUGACUGAUGUGGCUGAAAUAAAAGGUCAUCGUAGAACAUAUGUCGGUGCCAUGCCAGGUAAAAUGAUUCAAUGUCUGAAAAAAACUUCAACUGAAAAUCCAUUAGUAUUAAUUGACGAAGUUGAUAAAAUUGGAAGAGGACAUCAGGGUGAUCCCUCAUCUGCGCUUUUAGAAAUGCUUGAUCCUGAACAAAAUGCUAAUUUCUUGGAUCAUUAUUUGGAUGUGUCAGUAGAUUUAUCGAAAGUACUUUUUAUUUGUACUGCUAAUGUAAUCAACACAAUUCCAGAACCUCUCCGUGAUCGUAUGGAACUUAUAGAUGUGUCUGGAUAUGUAGCAGAAGAAAAAAUGGCCAUUGCAAAACAAUACUUAAUUCCUCAAGGACUUAAAUCCACUGGCCUGAAAAAAGAACAAAUAGAAAUCGCAGACGAAAGUCUUAAUACUCUUAUUAAAUCAUAUUGUCGUGAAAGUGGUGUACGUAACCUUCAAAAGCAUGUUGAAAAGAUGUUACGAAAAGUUGCAUUAAAAGUAGUUAAAGGCGAAUCAGAAAAAAUAAUUAUUAGCAGUGAUAAAUUAUAUGAUUUUGUUGGAAACCCAGUAUUUAACAAAAAUCGAAUGUAUGAAGAUCCAAUACCUGGAGUCGUUAUGGGAUUAGCUUGGACUGCCAUGGGUGGCGCUUUAAUGUAUAUUGAAACUGAGUGGACUAAAGACCCAGGAACAAUUACAGAUAAGGAUAAAGCAGUUGGCAACAUUAUGUUAACUGGUCGCUUAGGAGAAACUAUGCAAGAGUCUGCAAAAAUUGCAUAUACUGUGGCAAAACAAUUUUUAAGCGAACUUGAUCCAAAAAAUCAAUCACUGUUGACUGGAAAUGUACAUCUACAUGUACCUGAAGGUGCUACACCUAAAGAUGGACCCAGUGCUGGAUGUACAAUAGUUACUGCCUUGUUAUCAUUGGCUUUAAAUAUUCCUAUACGUAACAAUGUUGCUAUGACUGGAGAAAUAUCUCUCAAAGGAAAAGUUAUGCCAGUAGGAGGAAUUAAAGAAAAAACUAUUGCUGCUAAAAGAGAAAAUGUUAACUGUUUGAUACUGCCUGAUGAAAAUAAAAAAGAUUUUAAUGAACUUCCAAAGUUUAUAACGGACGGGAUUGAAGUACAUUUUGUUUCAUAUUAUAAAGAUAUAUUUAAAAUAGUCUUUGAAAACAAAUAAUAUUAUUCCUUUUCUUUAAGUUUGUUUAUUUCAAAUGAAUUGUUUAAUAAUUGUUAUAUCAUAUUUGUACAUAGAAUAUACUUAGAUGUUAGUAUUUUUUUAAAUAAAAUGUUGUAAGACUGUUAUUUUAUCAUUUGACUUUUAAGUCAUAAUUUAAUUAAAAUAACUACUUAUCAGGAA